CAAAAUUAAAGAUUAAAACAGUUUCCAAAGUAAUAGUUAGAAAUUGAAUAAUUAUUUUGCAAACAUUGACGACGCGACGUCUAAAAAUUAGAAAAAUUUGUUACAAAAUUUUAACAACAUAGUUUCCACAAAUAAUUACUGGAAAUUAAUACGUCACUCUAUUCAUUUGUUUAAACAAUAUUAUCAGUGAUUAGUUUAAAUAUUAAUUUUAAUGUGCUGCAACUCAUUCAUUCAUUGUUUGAUUGCACUUGUUCCUUGAAUUGUUAUAAGAUUCCUUAAAAGAUUUUAUCACACUAGAAGUCUUAAAAUGAUAAGGAACUUUAAGAGUGUUUUUCUUGAAAAGUAUAAAAGAUAUGGAAGAUACUCUUAUAUGUAUUUAUUAAGUAAAUUUUGGCCUACAAUUUUAAAUUUAAAGAUAUGAAAAAAAAUGGCGAAACAGGAAUUUAAAUAAUAGAGAUACAAAUUUUUAAUAUUUACAUUAAAUAUGGUAGAAAGAUACUCAAGGAUGUUUUAUUUUUAUCCUGGAUUGUAGGAUCAAAUAUGAAGCAUUUUCUUUACAUCUCCACUAUUUCUAAGUUUAUUAAUAUUUUACCAAAUUCAUAUGUACCUUUUUAAUAAAUUUAAUGUCAAUAACACAAACUUAGAUCAUCAAGGCAAUUUGUAUGGCUUGCAUAACAAAAAUCUGUAUCCGGAACACAGUUUUGAUGUUCAAACUCUGAGCAACAAUUUUAUUUCUUUUUCUUUUUCAUCUCUUUAAAUUUGAAUUUGUAAACAAAAGUUUACUUAAUAAAUAUCUCGUAAUUUUUAUACUUUUUGAAAAAAUCGAUCCUACAGUUACUUAUAAUAUCAUUUUGAAGUUACCAUAGUGAUGUAACCCUUCUACCUUUGCAUUACAACUUGCUUAUUAAGUUAUAUAAUUUAGCCCUUGAACAGCAGAGCCUGUGUCAAUCAUAUCCCAAACUUACAAAACAUAUACAAAGAUAUUAACCUAAAGUUAAAUGUAUAAUUUUUAAAGGAACAGUGUAAUAUUUAAAAAAUGAAAACAAUAUGAAAUACAAAAUUAAAUUAAAAUUGGGGUACUCUUCAUGGUCCGCCGUCUGAAAGUUAAUAUGUAAAUACGAAUAAACUAAUUUCCUUUGUAAAAUUUUAUUUGCAAUAAAGUGCCUCUCAUCAAAAGUGCAUUUUGUUUUUAAUUUUCUAGUAUAUGUAUUUCGCAUAAGAAGAUUACAGUCAUCCUUGGUAUUGAAAGAGUUAAUUUCAAUAUAGUGCAAAAGUCGUUACUAAAAAUGCAUUUGCCAAAUAAUUAUCUCAGUUUAAACGCUCGAUCAAAUUUAAUUUUUCCUUUUGUGCUGGAAAUCAUGAAGAAGAAUCGAUGGUAAGAAAUUUCUGAAGAACACGAUUUUUGGGUAAUCAUAAGUGGAAUCAUAUUGAGAAAAGUUCAAGGUCGAGGUGUUUGGAAACGUCCUUGAACCAAAACUGGUCCCUCGUAUGUCUAUCGAAGACAUUCAAACGGUGACGGACUUCCGGAAAUUGUACGUUGCGUCUGCGCAAUUGCCUCACCACCCCCUGGUGAGACGCAUCUGCGCAUUUUCCAGGAGAAUUUCUCUCACAGGCGAGGUUCUGCCUGUCCUGGAUUGUCGUGUUCGUUCCGACAGAGAAGCCUGCCGGAAGUGGAAACGGAGAAUACCAACCCCUUCUGUUGUACACAUAUUGUUUAUUAAUUAUGUACAAAACGGUACGAAAGGGCGAUGCCAGCCUGCAGUACACAAUUCUGCCGCAAACCGACCAGUUCUCAUCGUCUGGUUUCCCUCAGACCUCGAGCAAACCGAGACCGAGGAUCAUUAAAUACACCAUGGGCACCUUGAUGAUCCUCAUCAUCCUGUCCUGUGUGGCGACUCCGUUCCUGAUGAAUCAAAACGACCAGAGUCUGUUCGCCAACACUGUUCUAGCGAUGGGUCGUGUCAGUCACAACACAAUAGCCAGGAACUCGUCGAGGAGUCAAGCAAAAGACGUUGUACACAAAAGCAAAAGCAGAUUACCGCUGACGACGUCAUCGACGGAAGUCUAUAGAAAACCGGAUGUUGAGAACGAGAUGAGCACAGUGUUGGGGAUGUUGAAGGCGGAGGUACAGGACACCGAGGAUCUUACGAUUACAGACUUCGUGUCAAACAACACGCAGCAUUUGCACACCUCCUCGGAACCAACAACAAGUGUCCGACAUACAUCCACCUCCGUUCCAUCAACUUUACCUCCAACGUUUUCGACGACGUUCAAAACGGUAAUCAGUACACCAAACGAAGUAACCAAAACGUCAGCGAGCUCGGUGAGAAAGGCGCAAAUGCCGAGGAUAACCUUGAAGCUUCGAGAGAAUGAAACAAUACCACAAAUGUACAUGAAGGCGGGGAUAGCUUCGUACAAGAAAGGAAACAUUACGACUAGCGUCCUGGCGCAUGGCCUAAGUCUCGAGGGGUUAAUCUUCAAGACGCCGGAGGGAACGAUAAAGCCGUGGCCGCAGAAGUGGUUCUUCACCGAUCCCUCUUCCGACUUUCAAUGGAAGGGAUCAAACCAGAUGCCAGUAAUGAUUUACAUAGUCCUGGCAGGGCUGGCAGCGAUGGCAAGCAUCAGCAUCGUUCUCAUGUUCUACGUGCAGCGAAAGGCCAUAAGACGUCAGCGUCAAAGCGUAGAGGAACCAGAAGUGGAGGGUCACGAGGAAGACAAAUCGACCUUGUUGGGCAGUGAGAGUCAGGAAACCGAGGAGAAGGAGUAAUCGUGAUUCUACAACAGGGAAACCACGUAGCUCGUAAGACUCGCAUAUUUUUACAACACGCGCAUCAGUUAGGUUAGGUACCUCGCGUCAAAGACCGAAGGGAUGAUUAUGAAGGCGUUGGACACACCGAAUAACAUUUGUUUGAUCGAAUACUAGAGGCAUCAGUUAUGGAAUUGACAAAUGAUUAUCAUUGAUUACAUUUGCUUACACACUUAUUGUUUCUUUAUGAAAUAAUACAAGUUAAGAUGGCAUAUGCGUACACUUGACAUUUCUCUUAGCUCUUAACGUGUAACGAGUAACACGAUUAUUACUUUUGAUACAAAAUGUUGUUAAUAAUUAAAGCUGGAUAUCGUUGACAAUUUGCUUAUUGCGAUUCACGAGAAUCUUAAGAAAAAAAUUUUAAUUCAUAUGAUACGGAAUUUAAUAAUUCUACGAGACGGUUAUUAAAAUAAUUGAAGUCCAAGAUCUCUCGUCUAUAAGAAUAUUUGCAAAACUAGGGGGUCCUAGGCUAGGGACGCUCAGCAAGUAAUAAGCCGAGCGCCCGCCGAUGCCCGGAUUUGCACGCGAGCAUUGUUACGGGCUCGAAGUACGCCCUUAUCUCGGACAAAUCGUUGGGAGUGGUGGGGUACUUCCCAUUCCCCAAGUUUCCCGAGGUCAUACAGCUGAAUGCCUUUCACGUCUCAAUCUGAUUUACAACUCUCAUAUGUCCACAUCAAAGCAUCGCGUAUAGGACAAGGAACGCACUGGAUGUCCGUGUAAACUUUACGGUGUCACGUGAUAUCGUCUGCCCUUCGUAACACGUGCUCGUAGACCUAUCGUUGCGAUGAUGCCCUCUCCCGCCAUGGAUCGAUAAUCGCAGUAGUAUAGGCAGCUAUGUCCGUGACAAGUCCGACUGCACUCAGGCGGUCGUACGGUGACCUGCAUGAGCGUGCCUGGCCUAGGCGAAUAAUCGAGCUGAUCUCUUGAAUUGAUAGUAAGCACGUUUUUGUGUCCCUUUAAAUAGAAUUUCUCGGCCACAAGGAUUUUUUUUCUUUGCAAAUACGACUGAAACGUAUGGUGAUACGAUUAACAUUUUAUUUCGCACUUAGGUUCUUUUGCACAAUAAUAAUGAUUUAUAAUUAUAUAAAUGAGUGAUAUCUCAUUAAAUAGGUGACAGAUUUUUUUGAGAAUUCAUUUGUCAUCCGAAUUUGGGUGACAUGACAAUCAGUGUUAAAAAUAAUAAAUUAGAUGUGUUGACGCAUCGUAGUCCGAUCGAUUUUCUACUAAUAGUCUUUUGUCAAAAGUAAUAGAAUUAUAUUGUUUUUAAUAAUUUUAUAAAAAAGGUAUAAACUUAUUAUAUGUUUCUUAUUUGAAAUUAUCGAUUUCCUCCUAACGAGAGUGCUUGAAACACUUCUGGUCGUUUAAAUAAUGUGGCAUUUAAUAACAUUACUUUUUAAUAAUUUUUUGCAUCGGAACAGCGUUCGUCCAUAUCGUUUGGUAUUUUUAUAAAAUUGGAUAGUUUACAUAUGCAAUUAAAUAUUCUUAUGCAGACCGAAUAAGAGACAUAAUUUAGAGUGGAAUAUUUUCAUGGAAAUUAAAUUUGAAUUUUAGAUGGGAAAAACUUUAAAAAUUAUGAAAAAUGGCACGGCUAAUUUAUUAAAAAUGUUGAAACUUUUAGUCCAAUUAAAAAAAGAAUUCAAUUUGAAUUUAAUUUUAUAUUGUAUAUUAUUUUCUUAUUUUAUACUCUGGUUUAAAAACUGAUAGAUUUAAUUUUAGUUGAAUUUUAUAAUAGACGAAGGGUUAAGGGUCAACACGAGCAAUGGCCUAAGUCUGAACCGAUGUUCUCGACUCUCCUGCAUAGGAAGACAAGGAGAUCGCGAUAUUCAAGACACGUUAAUAUAAAACGGCACGUCUGCGAUUUAGUAAUUCAAAGAUUUUAAGGCAAAGAGGCAAUAUUUUUUAAUGAUUCUUUUUUAAAAAUAUUCCUUGUAUAAUUAUACAGCAGUGUGUAGAGCCCAAUAUUGCAAUUUGGCUUUGAACCUUAUAAAAAAUGCGUUUUUAUAAAAGAAAUUUUUUUACACUUUUUCCCAAAAAGCGCUCUGUACUGGGUUCAGUAUAUUCUACCUAAAUAUGAAUAUCAUAAUCAUUACACGUUUCUUUCGGAAUUGGGUCGGGAAAAUGUGAAUUACUUUUUCGCGUUUCAUUAGUACUUCGCUAUAGGUGCUAGUGUCACUCCUGUUGACCAUUAAAUAAUAAUGAAAUAAAUGAAACACAAGAUAUAGUAAAAUCCGGAACUACCUUGUUAACGUGAAAUUCUGAGGAACUUUAUUAAUGUUAAAUGUUCGCACUAAUGUCAACGUACAUAUUUGAUUUAUUAGAGAAGAUGAAUAUUAAUUUAUGUACACAUCCAUUUGAUAUAAAUGAUGAAUUAGAGUUCGUCAAAUUAUUCAAAAUUAUACGAAAGUGCUACACUCAACGUUAAAUAUCGCAUUAUAAUAUAAUGAAACGUGUUUUCUACAUUAUGUGACAUUAUACGUGACAUAAUCAAUGAAAACUAUUACACGCACCAACCAAGCGUUAUUGAACGUUAUUAGCAGUCAUGUUUUACAUCUGCAUACUUUACAAUACAUUGGUUAAUGUAAAAUGAUUUUCUUUUAUUACAAACGCGAAAAAUCAUAAAUCAAUUUUUGUGUGACGAAGAGGUAAGGGGAAAAAAGUUGAUUGACAUUUUAUACUUUAUGAAUAUAAGAAAAUAGACUUUUAGAAAUAAAUGUUUAAGAAAUGUUUGUGAAUAAUAUUAAUUUAAAAUAUGAGUAUGUAAUUAUAAGUGGAAAUUCUUUAUUUAAAAUUAUAUGAUCCUAUUUAUUUUAAAAAACAAGUUCAAGAUUACAGAAAAUUUAUUUGAAAAUUGUUAAAAAUAAGAAAGUUGUUCCUCAAAUAUCACGAGUUCUUUAAGUUAUUAUUAUGCUCCACUUAUUAACAGCUCUUCUGGUAAUGUACAAGUGUGUAUGCAGUUCAGAGAUUAAGAAUUCCAUAUUUUAAAAGAAUAAAUUUCAAGAAGGCUUGAAAUUAUAAUACUGAUUUUAGCAUUUAACGUUGUUCAUGAUUUUUGAAAAUUUAAAAAGUUUUACAGGUUCAGAUUUUUACAAAAAUAACAUUUUUAACAUUUGGCUAACGAUUCAUUUAGUUAAGAUCAUGAGAGCGUUAUAAACAUAUCAAUAUUUAAAAUGUAGGCAAUUAACUUUAUUUUUUGUCAGGUAAAACAGUUCUUUCUAGGAAGGCGGACCGAUGGGGUGCGGUUAUAAUUAUUAAACGAUUCACUUUCGCGAAGGAUCUGGAGAGUUCCUUUAUUUUAAUUAUAUCACCUUUCUUCGCUCGUCAACUAAUGAGUGUAUGAUCGUCGAUGAUCUAUAUCCGUCUGAUCUAUUCCUUAAAUCUCUCGUCCUCGCUCACGGCCGGAGGGGGGCACCUGAGAGAGGGAAAAGAGAGGGGGGGAGACACCGCGACAGUAGACUAAUUUACCUACAAAAAAAACUUUUCAAUGGUAUGUUAUUAAUUUUUUAGUAAAUUAAUAAUAAAAAGUAAGUCUGCUCGCGGGGGUCACUCUAUAUUUUACUCGCAAUACACAAAAUUCGUUGGGCGCUAGCCACUCGCUGUGGCAAUCUAAAAGUGAAGGAAAAGGGUAGAAUCGGGGUCUUUACUGGGGAUGGGUUGCGCGGCUCAACCGGGGUCUACCGUAACAAUCGCUACGCAGGGGAGUUCGCAGGGAGGAUUGUCGGGGGAGGGGAAUCUCAAGGGUCGGGAAGGUUCAUUGGAAGUUCUUUACGUUACGCGUUGAGAAAUGAAUUCAGAAAGGAAUCGUAGGGGUGGGAAAAGGGUUUCGCGAAGGCGGGGAAUACCGGACGAAAAAGCGCAUACGCUGACGCGAACGCGAACGUGAGGAUGCCGUUGUCGACUCUCAAACUCUUACAAAUUUUUAUGCGAAAGGGGCUUACCCAAAACGCCUCACACACUGUACACUCAACUCUGCGCACCCAGUACUCGCUUUCCGUAGUUUCCAAAAAUCGCUAAUCGCUUUCCAAAUCUCUAUAUCGCUUUCUGUGACGAUCAAGGCUAAUUGACGGCUCGUCGCCGCAGCAACGACGACGAGCCCGUCGCGGGAUAUUUUGGAGAGGGGAUGGGGUAGAAUUGGGACCUCUUCCGGGACUAGGAAUGAUCGAUUAUCGAUCUGCCGGUAAUAGGGAUCGAUGGGGCGGAUGGAGGUUCGGCGACGACGGCUGCGGGCUGUGUUCUUCGGGCUCGGCGACAGAGGGCUCUAUAAGUCGCUUUUGGCUAUCUUUACAGGGCUGGUGGACUUCGGUUAGUUUUCCGGGUUGCUCCCUUUCUGGGUAGGGAUGAUGUUGCUGUCGCCGGCCUCGAAGCUCCGUUGGCAGCGUUUUGGGGUUUUCUUUGUCGCCUCCAUCGGCCCCGUUACCGGCGGGUGGGAAAAGGGGUUAGGUGUGGGAAGGGUUAUGGGUCGUUUUGAUGUUGGAGCGGGAGGUAAGAGAAGCGCAGCGAUUCUAACGGGGGGGCACACGUGACACCACGUUACAGUACACAUAUCAGAGGUCACUGAAUUGUGUGUAAAAAAGAAACAUAAUUUUUGUACAGCUAAAGCUGUACAAAUGUUAUGUUAUAUAAUACCUAUAUUAUUAUAAAAUUAUUCCAUGAAUCAAUUACAAAAACAGACAAAAAAAUUAUAACAGUCCACUUAUCUGAAUACAAGUUAAAUAUGAAGUCAAAUCAAAAAUGAUAAUUAUAUAAUAAAUAUUUAUUAUUUACAAAAUUUAAUUCUGAAAAUCAAGUGCUCUCGUAAACUUGCAUUUCAAUUUUUCAAUUACAUUUUGUUUUUUCAAAGACAAAAGACUAAUAAAAAAUUAUGAAAUUCAUCGAUCUCGUUAGGUCUAAAGCAGGCAUGGGCAGCUAUGUAGUAAUAAACGGAACAGGAGCGCUCCGGAGCUUGGCGAAGCUCUAAGCGGAGCGCGAACCGAAUUGAGCAGCGGAGAGUGUAUCCCCACUCCGCCAGUAUCUCGAGGUUAAGCAGUCAAAGCAUGCAUGUGUGACGUUCUCUGUCGAACGCCACACAUUCGUAUCACCACGACCGCCGCAGCACGAUUUCCCCUACAACAGCGUCUCCCCGCUACCUCGAAAGAGCUAACAAGUAGAGUGAAUCGCGCUCCCAAACAGUGUCGAUGUCAGACGCGCUCUUUGAGCUGGUUUCGUGCCCAUGCCUGGCUAAAGUCUAAACCUAAACCCUCUUUGCAGGGGGCCCUGUUAUAAAGGCUCUCUGAAUGAAUUUUUUCUACUGUUGCUGUCGUUCUUUAUGAUUAAAUGUUAUUUAAUUUUAUUCAAAUCUAAAUUUUUUAAUUAAGUAUGUCAAUCAAGAAGGCUCUCGAAAAGGUUUGAUAGCCAUGGAGCCUUAGAAAUCUUAAUUCAAUUCUGACCGGACUACAUGACGUUUAACAAUUUCAAAAAGUUGUAAUCAAUUUUGAAUGAGCUUAAUUGAAGUUGUCAUAAAAGUUUUAAAAACAGCGUUUCAACGAAUAUUUCUACGACAAGAGGCAUCUUUUGAUUAACAGUAUGUAAAUAUUUAUUAAUUGUUCUAUUAUAGUAAACUGCACGAAACUUGAAUCAUUAAAUGUCAGAAAAUUCCAAUGGUUUUUCAUAACCGCGCAUAUUUUUGUACGUGUUAAUAGAUGUAGAUUUAUUGAAGAGUAUCCAAAUUUUUUGUUAGACGUAUGAAAACUAUAAUAAAUAAACGAAAAGGGAACUUGUGUUAAUUUGGUGACUGUUUUGAGAAACAAGAAAUAAAUGUAAAAAGAAUUGCUAAAAACAAUAAAAUCUAUAUUAAUGUAUUUAUCCAAUUUGUUAAUUUUAUUUUAUUAACAGACAGUAUAAUGUCUUUAUAUAACAGUAUAAAAAAAAAAGAAAAGAAUUUUUUUGUACCAUUCAUAUUUAACCAAUGACAGUAUAUUUCUAUGAAUCAAUUGAAACAAUUAAACUUAUGAGAUAUUAAAUACCUGUGUUCUCGAUAAUUCUCAUUAACAUGUUGGCUGUUAUGGAAUCAACCAACAGUAUAAUAAAUUUUAUAAUACAAUUACAAUUACAAAGCAGUAUUAUGGAUUAGGAUUUCGAAGCUUCCACCUCUUGGUUUAUUAUAAUUAAUGCUAUUGAAGCCUGCGGCUGUAAGCCGUAUUAAAUAGGACAAUAUUCCCUGUUAUAUGUAGAGUUAACACAUGUCAAUUUUUAAUGAAAUUUUAGUAUGAUAUUCAAUAGUACACUCGCGAUCAAAUCAGGCUUCUCCAGGGCAAAUACUGAUGCUUCGGCUUUUCGCUCUUCCUCAGACCCCCGUCCUUCUCUGUAGGCAUCGCCGAGGAGAACGACGAUAUAGGAGAGAAAGCCCACCUUCUAUAGAGGAAUGAGGGGCGGCAUGGCCACUGCGGGUAAAUUGACUUGCAGGUAAAGGGUAUAGCAGGAUAAGAUGGUCAAAAAUGCCCUUGAGCACGUAAACUUUUUCAAAACGAAGGGGGAGGGGGAAUUCAAUUUUGCAAAAAGGAUGAUUUAAAAAAAAAACUUACACGCAGCUUUAUAGACCUCAAGAAACGGUAUAACUUUUAUUUCAACUAUUUUUUUAUCUUUUGUUGUUUACGA